UUUUCUUUAUGUCAUGUGUUUCACGUUAUAUUCGAAGAGUUUUCUUUUUCUGCUGGACGAGAACAGAGGCAGACAAGAGAGAGUAGAGUCCUCUGACAGGAAGAGAAAUUGAGUCAUGAUUUGUCACAGUCUGAUGCGUUUGUUUUUUUCCUGCUCUUAUAUUUUUUGCCUCUGACUCUUUGUGAGCCCUAUUAGAGAUUAUUUAGUCACUUUAAUCACUAUGACAUUUAUUUAAAGUAGAAAAUUCUGGUUUUUCUGUUGUGUGAACAGAUACAGAAUCGCUCAUAGUUUUUUCCAGUUAUCUCUGUUAUCAGAGACAUGGGAGCUGAGUUUAUCACUGGAUCGCUGCAACGCAUUUUUUCCAUUCAACACAUAGCCGCAGCCAGAGAACCUACUCACGCAAGCCUGGGAAACUCUGUCGCUCGCGUUGUCAUCAGUGCCGUUAUUUCCCUGAUUCACCCAGUUAUUAACUGGUUACUACUGAGGAUCGAUUGGAUCUAACAAAAGCAGCUCGAGACUUGAGCCGAGAAGUUUAGAGAGCCGGUUUCAGUGCCUGGCCUCAGGCAAUGUUUAUUACUCUGCUUACAAAGAGGUGAGAAGUGGAGAGGGGUGGUGCUCGGUGUGUAUGCUAAUCCCCUUCGCUUCUCCAGAUCUGGGGGGACUCACAACAUUCACUUGACCUCAACAGGCGGGGCCCAAGAGAAGAAUUUCCUGAACAUAGCCUUUCUGGCUUCCUCCAUUUGUUGUUUGCCACCAGCUGCGGCUGACAUUAGGUUUCAGCUUGAGAAGGUCAGGCAAAACGUUGCCUGUUCUGCUUCUCUCUGCCAGAGUCGGACUUUUUGAAUUUUACAUUCAGUUGCGUGUAGUUGGUGUUUCUUCUUUUGUAUCUUGCGGGAACAUUGAGAGCAGGAAUGAGACAACCAAGAAGAGGAUGUGAAAGGAUAUGAAGAUUUUGACCCAGCACUUCGUCUGUGUUGAGAUAAGCCCAGGGUGGAGCCCAGAUCCUGUUGAGGGCUGAUUAACUCGCCCCCCAUCGCUGACACCCCGCCCUGCCUCCUCCGGUUGACCUCCUCAAGUACCUUCAGACGGAGCGGAGGGCGAGGCGAACGCACGCGGCCUGCCGGCCGGGGUCACGCGCUCCGUGAUGGGGAUGGCGCACCAGAGCCGGCUGGUUCUUGGCGUUUUCAACGUCAGCUCCCUGCUGUGCAUCUACAUCAUUUGUGUGAAACUGGAGACGCCUGUGUCCUGGUCCAAACCUCCUCCUUUCCGUGUCUUCAAACAGGGGACGAGCGGCGGCUCACAAGACUCCGGGGAGCCUCUUGACAGAAAGAGCAACAGCGAGCGGUGGAGCCAUGCGCCCAAUGCCUCCACCUCUCACCCAGAGCUCUCCUCUGGAACAGUUCUGCAUGAACACACACGUGCCACACAGUCUCGGACUUUAAAGACUCAAGCAGCCAAAGCCGCUGAGCAGCAAAAACCAGCCGAGAACAAAGUACUGGAUCUCUCAAAGUCCACUCCCAGGCCACAGCCCACAACGGCAGCCACACCAACAGAGCCCCCCUUCAUCGGAGACACGUACAUGAGUGAAGACAUCCCUCCACAAACGGGCUGCCCAGAUGGCAUCCGAAGUAAGGUUGCCAAAACUGAAUUUGGUGGGCGAUUUCUGAAAAAUAUUCCAGUCCUGCAGUGGGUUAAAGAUGUAACUCCGGAUCAGCACCAGCGCCUGAGACAGUACCCGGGAGCACAUGGCUGGGCAGGCAUCGAUUACAAAACGCUGAUGGAAACUCUCUCUGUCCUCAGCUCCCCUGCUAACUGGCAGAUGUUGGACGACUGGAGGGACCGCAGCAAAAACUCCAAGUGCAUCCACUGUGCUGUGGUGGGGAACGGAGGGAUACUGAAGAAUUCAAAGAAAGGGAAGGAGAUCGACAGUCAUCACUAUGUCUUCAGGACCAACGGGGCGAUCACCGAGGGCUUUGAGCAGGACGUGGGGUCUCGGACCACCCACUACACUUUCUCCACCAACACAUUAAUGAACUCCAUGAGGAGCUACGCGGCAGCCGGGUACAGAGGACCCCCUGUGUCUAAGGAAACACGCUACGUCUUUCUGCCCGAUCAUGAUCGUGAUUACCUGCUGAUGAAGGCUGCAGCGACACACACUCAAGUAGAGAGAGGGCCCGAGCGGGGCAAAGACCCUUCCCAGUUCUUUGGAAAGGACGUGUCAGCUGAAAAGCUUAAGAUGUACCACCCGGAUUUCAUCCGAUACCUGAGAAACAGAUACCUGCGAUCUAAUGCUCUGAAAACCACAUAUAAGGACAUUUACCGUCCCUCGACGGGCGCUGUGAUGCUGUUGGCCUCGCUGCACGUCUGCGACCAGGUGAGCGCGUACGGCUUCAUGACCCCGGAUUAUAAGAAGUACUCUGACCACUACUAUGACGGCAGCUACCGCCCAGUGGGCUUCUUCAUCAACCACGACCUGCGUAUGGAAAUGACUCUGUGGCAGCAGCUGCACCGGGCGGGCCUCAUACGACUCUACAUGCACGAGUGAAUUCAGGUCGACCAGAAAUGACCCGAUCCUGUCUGCACACAAGUUGCCAGUAUGAUCAUCGGUAGACAGGAAGUCCAAACACAGACGACCCUACCUGCCAAGUUUCAAAAUGACUGUUCACGACUCUCUGAACUGAGCGAAACAAAAAAGUCGCAGAAGUUUUCUUUUUAUGAAGGAAACGAGGAUUUUUUUUUUUCUUGUAAAUGACAGCUUCUGUGAUUGUUCAGGAAGAAGAUUUAGUUGUAUUUAUCAAAAAGGUGUUGGUUUAAAACUUUUAAAAGAUAUUUCACUGUCCCAGAAAGCACGGCUUUGGUGAUUAGUAGGCUAAAAAGGACCCAACGUCUGGGGUCAUGCUGGGCCAAACUGUUGAAAAAGAUCUGGCUCCGGUAGCAGUGCGGCUCAAAGAAUGGCACCGUUGGUCAGACGGUCGAUCCCCUUGGUCCAGAAUGACAUAUUUAUAUCACACAUUAUAUCUGAUGCAUUGCCGUUUAAUGUGGUGCAAAUACUCAAAGUCCCCAGAGGAUGAAUCCUAAGGGCUCUGGUGGUCCACUGACUUUUCGUCCAGCGCCACCAUCAGGUCAAACACCUUUAUUACAACCGGACACCUACGAAACUCGCUAUUCCAAUAUUAACAACAAUAUAAUUGAUUUAGCUCAUUUAAGGAGCUAUACACAGCCUGUUCAUGUUUGGUGUGGCUUGUUAGCAAACCACUCUAGAUUAGCAAAAGUAGCCAAGGUAGGCUAAUUAAGUUGGGUGACUACAAGGACUGAAAUGGGAGUGACAGCCUUAACGCCCCCAAGUGAUGCUCUUGUUCUUCCUGUUCUGCUGACAUUGUGUGAAAGCACCGCGGUGCCACGUU